GCAUCAUUGCCCUAAAUUACAAGUAGACUUUCGAAAUCCAAUAUUCCAAUCCAUAGGUUAGUUUGUCCUUUGUAAUCCGUAACAAAUUCAGGUUGAAAGCUGACGUAUAAAUAUGAAUAUAUGAUGUAAUAUUAUGCCUGAAAUUAAUCUUUCAACCUUAAUUAUAAAUACCUCUGCCGCCAUUAAAAUCAUUUCAACCCUUGAAAACCCCUAAAAACGGCUCAAAAUUUUGUGCAAAAAACAUCAAAUUUUCACAGAAAAAUCCAAUCUUUAUCCUUUAAUCGAAAAACCCUCUUCCCUUUUCUUCAAACCCUAGUUUUUUUCCUACCAGAAAUCAACAAUGGAGGCUGAAGAUAAUAAAAUUAGCAGCAGUAGCAGCAAUAUAAUCCCAGAAAAAGUAAUGGAAGGAGUAAGAACAACAUUGGCUAACAUUGAUGAACUUCAAUCAAAUUUUGAUGAGUUUCUCUCUCUUACUUCUGACCCUGAAGUUCUUUCUCAAUUACCACCAUUGGAGCGAGCUCAAUCCCUACUUUUGCUUGCCAAACUAACUUCUGUUCUUCUUUCUGUGAGGUUGAGGUGCAGUGGGGUUUACCCUGAUCACCACCCAAUUAAAGGAGAAAUUGAUAGGUUGAGCCGGUAUCAAGAAAAACUUGAGCGCUUUGUGGAUAAAAGUAAAGCACCCUUGCGACCUAGCACUACAGUGAACACCCAAGCAGCAACACGCUUUAUUGGACACUCUUUGCCUGAUCUUACCGCUGAGCAGAGAAAAAGAAUGAGGGCCAUCAGUAAGGGUGAGGAAGGCAGAAUGAAGUACUCCGAGAGGAAUAUUCAGAAGAAGAGGAAAACUCCGAUAAGUGACAUGAAAUCUGUGCGAGAGGCUGCAGAGGAAUUCUUGCAGAAAGCUGCCCGUGAACUUCUUGGUGAAACUAAUGGAGGUGUGAAGGGGCCUCUGGCCCCUGUGCAACCUGUCGAGAUAGAUGAGGAUUAAAUUACUGGAACUCCAUUAAUUGCUAUCCAAUCUCACUGUCAAUGAAAAUAUUGAAAUAGUCGGUAGGUAUGUGUAAAAAGUGAAAGUUUACUUGUUGGUGCAAGGAGACACCUGUGGUUUGGGAAAGAGAAGUUAUGUGGGAAUGUUCAUCCCAUUGAUGCUGAUGGUGGAAUUAGGUUAUCUAACAAGCAUUGGAGAUUUGGAUGGAUAUUCUAAUGGCAGCUCCUGCUUCCUGCAGCAGCUUGUUCAGCUAAAUUGUUAUUUAAACAUCUCUAAUUCUUUAUUUAUUUGUAAGAGAAAGGGUUCUGCUUAUACCAUGUUACCAACAAUGACAAUAGCCUAGCAUGUGUCUUGCUGAUAGAAAGUGUAGCUAAGAGGCGGCUUGUGAAAUAUCCAAGUAGGUGAGACAAAUAGUAGGAAAGGUCAGGCAGGUCAGAAAGCAAAAGUCUAUGCAAGUAAAGAAAAAAGAUGGAGUGAUAAAUAGGCGGCAGAGGAUGAAGUGAGGUGGCUAAAUAAAGGUAUUCCCAUCGUCAUUGGCGUCAGAUCUGAUGCUUAUGGUAUGGUGGUGUUGUAAGAUCACGAGUGGAACACCUUAUGAAUUUUUGUAGAAAGAUUUUGGUUGGUAUACAUAGAAGCAGCCCAGCUUUCAUAAGAACUCACCAAAAUUAGUUUUGUUGUAAACAAAUGAUAGAAUGAAGUUUAUGUCAAAGAAAGCCUCCAUGGACCAUGGGAUAAUGAUGAUGAUUUGAAUGUUCCAGGCUUCCAGCCCACCAUUCAUAAGAUGAUUAAGAUCUGAAUGUUUUAAAUGAAGUUUACAAGUGGGUUUGUAAUUUAAAGGAGUUAUAAGUGGGUUUGCCAUGAGAGGUGCAGUGAGUUUUUGAGAGUGAGAUGAGUGAGAAGAUGACUUUGUGUGGCAGAAGAGAGAGAGUAAAGAAAUAAGAGUAAAACCCUUAUGAGUAUUUCCAGGAAAAAAAUAUUAAUAAAAAUAAAACGGGUAACUAACGGGUACCCGAGAUACUCAACGUCUGGCACAGAAAUCAAGUUUUUUAAGCGGGUACCCAACCCGUAAAAAUGAAAAAAUUCACUGAUUACCCAUCGGGUAGUUUGUGGGUCUUCGGGUCAGGGUUUUUUUGUACACCCCUAUUUGUAACUAGGUUGGCUAAUGUUAUUGAGUUAAUGUAUCCUUUAAAUGUACUUAAGUAAGUCAAAUCUUACAAUUUCUCUUCAUUUGUUGGUGAGACUUGAUUUAUCCAUUUGUUUUGGUACUUUACAAUAAUGCUUUAUAAUAUCCCCUUGUUACUUCAUCUCAUUAUUUUCUUUGUAGAGUUUCAGAGGAUAAAAGGGCAUGUGUGGACUAUUACAUACUUUUUUAAGUAGCCACUUUAAUGGAGAUGACCUUUGUUAUUUGUACCUUGAAGGUCUGAACUUGGCCUUUGUCAAGAGCAUAGUUACUUUAAUUGAGCAUAUUGAUCUAGCACACAAAGAGUCUGAAAUCUGGGUAACCAUUUUGCAUUGGUUGAGUAGUAGCAAACUAAUUGAUCUUGUAUGACUUAUGCUGAGGAAGGAUACCUUCAUUUGGCGAUGAACUGCUGAUUCCAUAGGCGCAGUGUUAGUAGCCAAAAUGCCAUUUUAGCUACAGCUGCCUAUUAAUCACUUGUUGCUUCUAGGCAAUUUCGAUUGAUUAGAAUGUCUUGAUACCUGACUGGGCUGACUCUCUGCCACACUGCCACCUUAGUAUGAGAAAUAAUUCUUUUGCUGGUUAGCUGAAUUUUUCCAUUCCAUGUGCAUUUAUCUUGCUUGAUUUGGAAAUUACCUCUAGGUGAGUGAAUCAUUGUUUAUGAAUGGGAAUGUAGGAUACAUAGACGUAGCGCCUCCCCCAAUUCUGAUAACACUUACUCGUAAAGUCAUGGGUAAUGUAUUUUACCAAUAUUAGUUGGAUACUUGUUAAUUAUACUGCCUAUUGCUUCUAUUGUACUUUCUAUUUCUGAAAAUGAAUAUUGGCCUUUAAUAUUGAAAGAAAUAUUUGUAACAUUAGUAAAGAGUUUUUGAUACGUAUGUAACGAUAUCUUAUUGUAAUCUGGUGAAUGUUUAUCUUCUGUAUAUUAGUCAUCAAAGAUUUAGUAUGAAUGCAAGUUACAAAUAAUUUGGGACAAAUAGGAGGCCUUUAGACUACCAUCUAUUCAUCUCGAGAAGAGGAUUGUUGGACUUGAAUACGGAAAGAUCUAUACAGAUAUGGCAUGACAGACUGUCAGCUUGUAAUUGUAGGUUGUAAUGGUAUGUUGGAGAAAAACUUGUGUGUUAGUAUCUAUUGUUGUGGAUUAGACAUCAUGGUGUAAAUGUAUUUUCGUCACUCACUUCCCUUUUCUGAAGUGUUUAUGGAGUUUAUUUGAGUUUUUGACAUGGUGUUUUGUAAGAGAGAGAGAGA